AUGCCAGGUGUCACAUACAUUUCCCUGCAUACACACUUGACCAUUGCCUCCUCGGCCAUCUCAAGCACCACUGAGGUCAUCUGUGCCGUCCUUGACACCCAGCCUAGUCUUGCCCACCAGCUCAUCCGUGCCGUCCUCAACACCCAGCCCAGUCUUGCCAUCUACCCAUCCCGAGCUCCUCGCCCUGACCAAGCCAUCCAUUCAGCUCAAGAUGCUUGCCCGGAAGAACAAACGCUCUCCGCGGGCCAUUGUCAGCACCAGCUCAUCCGUGCCGUCCUCGACACCCAGCCCAGUCUCGCCAACGCCAUCCUUGCCCUGGUACCCAUCCUGAGCUCCUCGCCCCGACCAAGCCAUCAGCACCAGCGCCCCAGCUGCUCGAGCUCCUCAUUGUCUGCGCCGGCCCGCUCCGGCUGCUGGCCAAGCCCUAGCACCGUCAAGCUCUUCCUCUCCAAUCUCCAGCUCAUCGCCAACCACUACCACCCAUCCCGGCCACCUCCGCCCAGAAUCGCCGACACCGUCCAGAAAAAAAUGUGA